AUGGACUGUCCCCACCGUCUUCCACGACCGUCCCCACGGACCUUCGGACCGUCCCACGGACCGUCCCCACGCUUCGCCUCCCCUAUGGACCGUCCCCACGCCUCGCCUCCCUAUGGACCGUCCCGCCUCGCCUCCCCUAUGGACCGUCCCCACGACGGACCGUCCCGCCUGCCUCCCUCCCCACGGACCAUCCCCACGCCUCCCCUAUGGACCGUCCCCACGCCUCGCCUCCCUACCGUCCCCACGCCUCGCCUCCCCUAUGACCGUCCCACGGGACCGUCCCCAUGGACGUCCUCGCCUCCCUUAUGGACCGUCCCCACGCCCGCCUCCCUAUGGACCGUCCCCACGCCUCGCCUCCCCAUGGACCGUCCCACGCCUCGCCUCCCUUGGACCGUCCCCCUCGCCUCCCUUAUGGACCGUCCCCAGGACCGUCCCCGCCUCGCCUCCCUAUGGACCGUCCCCACGCCUCGCCUCCUUAUGGACCGUCCCCACGCCUCGCCUCCCUCAUGGACCGUCCCCACGCCUCGCCUCCCUUGGACCGUCCCCACGCCUCGCCUCCCCCAUGGACCGUCCCCGCCUCCGCCUCCCCAUGGACCAUCCCCACGCUCCCCUUAUGGACUGUCCCCACGCCUCGCCUCCCCAUGGACCAUGCCUCCUUAUGGACCGUCCCCACGCCUCGCCUCCCCUAUGGACCGCCCGCCUCCCUUAUGGAGCAUGGACCGUCCCACGCCUGCCUCACGACCGUCCCCACGCCUCGCCUCCCUACGGACCGUCCCCGCCUCGCCUCCCCUACGGACCGUCCCUCAUGCCGUCCCCACGCCUCCCUCCCCUAUGGACCGUCCCACGCCUCGCCUCCCCUCCCCGCCUCGCCUCCCUAUGGACUCCCCGGCCUCCCUAUGGACCGUCCCCUCCCUCCCCUGGACCAUCCCCACGCCUCGCCUCCCUAUCCCCACGCCUCGCCUCCCUCCCCUAUGGACCGUCCCACGCCUCGCCUCCCCUAUGGACCGUCCCCACCUCCCCACGGACCAGCCCCCACGCUUCGCCUCCCCUAUGGACCGUCCCCACGCCUCGCCUCCCCUCCCCGUCCUCACCGCCUCCCCUCCCCUACGGACCGUCCCCACGCCAUCAGUAUAUUACCGGGCUGUAUUGAGCGGUUCCCCUUCCACACCAAUUUGA